CUGCGAGUAGAAAUUCUGCGUCAUUGCAGUGACAGUAAUAUUUGUAACUUAUGCGUAAAACGUUUAAGGUAACAUUAAAAUUGUGAAUUUUGUGUUUGGUCAAUUAUAUUUUACGAAGACAUUUAAAAAAUGAUUGGAAUUUUGUAAAUUUUCAAAAUCAUUUUUUUGACGAAUUUCCAUUUUGAUAACCGAUAUGAUAUUACCAAUGUCCGGUGGUUAUGGGUGGGUUCCAGUCGAACAUCCGAACACGUUAAUGUGGGUCCCGUGCGAUUCUGGCGACCCGUUGCCCAGGGGCGCCGUGCACGUGGGCAUGGACAAGAGCGGCGAUCGGUUGUACGCGGGUCGUGCUUUUCACGAGGGCGACUUAUUGCCGGCAAAAAUAAACCCGAGUCACUCGACGGCAUACGUGUGCUGGGGAGGCAUGGAACACGCCAUGAGCCAUUUUGAGGUUUUAUGUAACGCAAGCGUGGCGUGGCAAAGUAUUCAUGGAAACGCUAUUCCACCCAACGCUAUCGUGAUAGGUUCCACCGUGGAUGGUGAAAAACUUUACAUGGGCCGUGCUCUUCAUGACGGAACAUUAACUCCGGGAAAAAUUCAACCCAGUCAUAAUUCGCUUUAUAUACCAUACAAUGGAGAAGAAGUAGCUGUAGAUGAAUAUGAAAUCAUGGUUUUCCGGCCACCUAUGACGAUUAAUUAAUAAUUAUGAUAAAACUAUUUUUUUGCUUCUAAAAAUCGUAUUAUUUUAGAAGUUAUUUCGAAUUGUAUAAUCGCUUGAUGGCUUAAUCAAUAUAUUAUUUACAUGGAAUUUUUAAA